AUGUCCCCCAAACCUCACAGCUCCACUAUCGCCAUGGAAGCAAGAGAAGGGAGAUCGGGCAACGCGUUUGCAUGCGAGCGCUGUCGUAAGCACAAAGUUCGGUGUGUUCCUUCAGACACGGCUUCGGUUUGCCAGAGAUGCCAGAAGGCACGCGUCGAGUGCGUCGAGCACGUCGCACGCAGAAGGCCAGCAAAACCCAGGAUAGACGGGCACACGCCCAACAAGAUGCGCGACUUCGACAAGAAGCUGGACAAAAUAUCUGCCAUUGUUGCCACCAUGGCUCCGGCGUCAGUACUGCAGCCCGCACUGCCCUCACUAACCACCGUGCCCUCGCAUUUCCCCGAGACAGCCCAGCGACCAUCUCCGCCGGCGCCCGCACCCGUGAAGGCGUCGCCUCCUGCUCCUGCGCCGGUUUUUCCAUCUCCCAUCUCUAAUGCCGGCAAUGGAGAGGAGUCUCUGUCCUUCUGGGGUUCGAUCAACGACACCUUGUCGUCCCUCGGCAGAAUUGAUCCCGUUAUCCGGUCGAUUAGUUUCGUCCACAUGCAAAUGCUGGUGGAUGCCUACAGGACAAUGUCCGAUUACUUCCCAUUCGUAACCCUAUCGAAGGAGCUCACUUGCCGCGAUCUGCUGCAGCAACGGCCCAUGUUGAUGUUCGCCGUCCUGACAGUAGCGUCGUACGAUUCGGUGCUUCUGCAACUGACUCUGAGCCGCGAGUUCCGCAAAGUAGUGACCGUCAAGGUCAUGAAUGGGGAGAAGAGCCUGGAUCUACUGCAAGGGCUUCUCGUCUUUAUAGCUUGGCAUCACCACUAUAUGGAUGCUCACGCCGUCUCAAUACCCAUGCUUCUGCAGAUAUGCGCUGGCAUCGCGGGCGAUCUGGGGCUAGACAGUCUGUCCACGUCGUUGAGAAGCCCUCUACAUAGAGAGGAUCCCGGAGAUAGAGAAGCGAAGCGAGCCUAUCUUGGUUGCUACUACUUGGCAUCCAACAUCAGUCUGACUGAGCCCGGUAAAGCUCGCAGCAUCUCGUACUCGACCACACUGCGCGCAUAUGCAUCUGAGCUUGCGUCGUCUUGGGAGCACAAGUCAGAUGCGAUAUUACCCAUUCUCAUUGAUAUCUGCCAGUUCACAGAGGACAUACAGGAGACUUUUACAGGGCAGACAGAGCAAGCUCUGAUUGUCCGCACGCAGGUCAAACGACUGAGCGCCAAGUGGGACAGCAUCUGCCUAGCUUCAAAGUUGCAGGCCAGCGACUUUAAAACAUUGCAGUGGAUACAGCUCGCCGCCUACACCUACCUCUACAAGACCGCAGCCUCGAUCGACUUGGCCGACCGCGAUAGCACACCAUGGGCCUCGGGCUUCCAACUCUCGUUGAGAGUAACCUGUCUGCGUUCGAUCGAGCAGUUCCUGGACAACAGUACGAAGCUCCAGUCUAGCCAGUAUGAGUUCUUGUGUCUGGUGGACUGGCUCAACCUGGUCUCUACAAUGACUAGUCUGAGCAAACUGGCGCUGCACUCGACACCAAUGCCGGGAUGGGACACGACCGAGCUACAGGUCGCGAAAUCGUUUGAUUAUUUCCGCGACCAGCUCGCCUCGCAAAUGCCCCGUCCUCGCGAUCCCCAGGAGACCAACGAGGACAUCUUCGAGCGCUUCCGUCGCAUCACUGCCGUCAUGAAGAUGGCUCUGACGAGCUCGUCUGGGAGAGCCAGUCCGGGUGGAAGCACAUUCCAGCUUGCAACUGGAUCUGGUCGGACUGUCUCGCUCUUGCAGGAUCUUCCGUUGCCAAAGAUGAAUGGUGCGGGUGGCGACUCGCAUCCCUCUUGGAAGCUCAAGCCCACUUUCGACCUCAACAGCCACCAGUUUCCAUGGAGGUUCAUCUCAGGCACAGUGUGA